AUGUUAGGCAUCUUGCUUGUUGCAUCCUCUCUUCUCUUCCUUGCUUCCUUGUCCGCUUCACCGCCGGUCGAUCUCCGCAUCAAUCUAAUCCACAUCGACUCUAGAAGCAAUUUCUCUACGUCUGAGCUAUUUCAUCGCGCCUCUCAACGAACUAGAUAUAGGACGAAGACUCGAGAAUUGAAGCUUACGAAUUCUAGCCCUAACUUCCGAUCCUCCCUCCAUUCGAUGGACGGUGAGUAUCUCUUAGAGCUCGCGAUAGGCACCCCAUCUAUUCCAUUCAUGGCUAUUGUUGACACUGGCAGUGACCUCAUCUGGACCCAAUGUGAACCCUGUAUCAGUUGCUUUGCUCAGCCGACCCCUGUAUACGACCCCUCCAGGUCCUCUACCUUCUCCCCACUCCCCUGCUCAAGCCCUCAGUGUGAGAGCCUCGCAUACUAUAACUGCACCCCCGAGUGCCGGUACUACUAUAACUAUUCGGAUAGCGCCUCGACACAAGGUGUUCUAGCGACCGAGACAUUAAUCUUCGGCGCACAUUCGGUACGCGACGUCGCUUUCGGGUGCGGUCACGCAAAUCUAGGCGCAUCAUUCAAUUCCACGGGGACGGUCGGGCUAGGUCGAGGGCACGGGUCCCUAGUAUCUCAGUUGGGCAUAGAAAAGUUCUCUUACUGUCUCACUUCUUUUCUCGAGUCCAAUAUCACCAGCCCCCUACUGUUUGGGUCCAUGGCGGACUUGAACACAAGCUCAGGUGCAACGCAAUCCACACUGCUAACACAAAACCCCUUCGAUCCGAGUUUUUACUAUCUCGACUUAAAAGGGAUAUCAAUUGGUGAAACCCUUCUCCCAAUCCGUGCGGAAACAUUUGAACUGAAAAAGGACGGGAGUGGCGGUGUGAUCAUCGACACUGGCACGGCCUUAACUAGAUUGGAGCAAGCUGGGUAUGACAUUGUCGCGCGAGAAAUUAAGUCAAUUGUCAACCUACCAUUAGUAAACUCUUCUGAACUCUGCUUCACGCUAUCGUCUCGUUUAGUUCCUAACAUGCCGGAUAUGAUACUACACUUCGAAGGUGCUAACAUGACUUUGCCGAUGGAUAACUACAUGAUUGUUGAUUCCAAUAAAGGAUUGUUUUGUUUAGCGAUGAUCGGAGUUAGCGGAGGAUCAAUUUUGGGUAAUUACCAACAAAAAAACAUUCAUAUUCUAUAUAAUCUUGCUGGGGGUAUGCUUUCCUUUGUACCUGCCAAAUGCAGUGAGAUAUGA